UGCCGGCCACGGAGCGUUUGGGGCGUUCACUACCUCUAGCCAGUACGGAGUCGCCUGCACUGGCGGAUAGCCCUUACGGGAUAAUUAUCGCGUUUGUCCGUCAUUGUGUUUGUCCGCGCGUGUGUGUGUCGUCCGUCAGUGCGUGUGUGUGGAUAUGGGGCGAGAAAAUGAUUUCAACUAGGAGGAGAAAUAGUAAGUUAUUAGAAGGACACCCUCCUGCAGAACAGGACCGUGAACCACAGAACCACAGGCGUGGUGAGGGAUGGCUGUGCUGUGUCCCCACGUCGAUGGACCAGGCAGGGGACCACAAGGGUUUCAAUUGUUCAACUUCGGCGGGCGCCAAACAGCUACUCGUGACGUUAUACUUCAUUGACCACCUGUCCAUUAUGAGCCAAUUCAUCAUCUUAACAGACGCCCAAAACGACGUAAUUCCCCCAACUCCGUUUCGGAUACAAGGAUAUACUUGCGCUCGCCUACUCAUGCGCAAUGCUGUACCAGCCUAAAACUCAGAAAAUUGAAAGAAUAAUUGUGAAAAAACAAACAAUGUGCCAUCUUCAGAAGCCACAAGCUCUGAGACCGAGUACCAUUAUGAGAUUUGUUAGCUCCGAGUAAAGAGAAGCAUAUCGACACGUUCACUGACAGCCAUUUCGUGCAAGGAAAAGGCGGGAAGGACAGACAAAGACAUCAGCGUCUGAGGUGCACUAGUUCACCGCACCGUGUUACACGCAGAAGACAUGAGUUCGAUUACCGUGUGAGGGUUUUGGGGAUUGUUUUUUUUAAACCAAGUAUCCCCGUCUGCUGUUUCGUUGUAUCCCAAUCAGCCCUGGUAGGCCCUUUCAAGCAGGGUCGAAACAUUUUACUUCCUAAAGUAUCUCAACCGUGUUCAUUGACUCGCAAAGACGCCUACAAAUAUUUACACAGAAACAACAGAAGGAAAGGAAAGAAGUAGGACUUUCCAGUGGCACCCCUAAACCAUCCACUCACUCGGAUUUGAAGUGAAAACUCGUCACAAUACGCAUGUGGAAGUUAUGGAAUCUUAACUCGUGUGCUGAACACUGCGUAAACGCUUGUGAAAUGAUGAUGUUAACCCUUUGAAUACCCCUGCACUUCAGCUCCUUUAUGCAAACUGCUAGGUUCACAUCAUCCGCCCUGAGACGUACAUUAGGAACACAAAAGAGUUAAGUGUCACGCUGAUGCCUGUGUCUAGUGCACAUAAGGGUAAUGCUAGUGUACACUAAGGCGUGCGCUGUGGUUUAUAGGGUUAAAAUGUUCGAUGGGUUUGUAAGGUCAGUACAUUCAAAGGAUUUGUAAAAGGAAGAGGGCGUCUUCAACAGGCCCAUGUUGUUAAUAUCUUCGAAGAGUUUAUAAGAAUAGUAUCUUCAAAGGGUUCUUAGACAAUACGUCCGUCACCAUAUCGUUAACAUCUUGUACAAGACGCUAAUCGACAUAGUGUUAACACCUUGUACAAGACGACCAUCGACAUAGUGUUAACACCUUGUACAAGACGCCCAUCGACAUAGUGUUAACAUCUUGUACAAGACGCCCAUCGACAUAGUGUUAACAUCUUGUACAAGAAGCUAAUCGACAUAGUGUUAACACCUUGUACAAGACGACCAUCGACAUAGUGUUAACAUCUUGUACAAGACGCCUAUCGACAUAGUGUUAACAUCUCGAACAACACGUCUGUGACCUAAGUACUUGAGGUGAGAUGAUCUUCCAGCACGCCGCAUACGCUAUCGCCAACAACUCUUACGACGACAGACCAAAUGAAAACGUCACGGGUCACGUGACAGACACAAACCUUCCCUCUGCCGACAUCUUUAGGGCCGACACCGGUAUCGGCUAUCUGUCUGGACGACACAGCAUGAACGUCAGCACCCCACAAACGUGCGGUUCGAACCUGAGCGGCCAGUGGUCGCUGGUGAGCCCUGUAUGCUCCACCAGGUACCACUCGUUUGGCGUGCUCUUGGUGGUGGCUGGAACGAUGUCUCUCAUCACGCUGUGGACCAUCCUGGGGAAUAUAAUGGUCCUGACCGCCCUCUGCCGCUACGGAUCGCUCCGCACGAUGUCCAACUGCCUCAUCGGCAACCUGGCCAUCAGCGACUUACUUCUGGCGCUGACCGUAAUGCCCAUCUCCACAGGUCAUGACCUUUUAGGCUACUGGGUGCACGGAGAGCGAUGGUGCACAGUGUGGUUGUGUAUAGACGUCCUCUACUGCACGGCCUCUAUAUGGGGUUUGUGCACUGUGGCUUUUGACCGCUAUAUGGCUACUGUGUACCCUGUCUGGUACCACGACAAGAGAUCGGAGAGAAAAGCUAUAGCCUGCAUCGUCUUCGUCUGGAUCUUCUCCGUUAUAGUAUCGAUGGCUCCUUUCAUAGGCUGGCAACACAUGAUCCCUCACUUCUUCACCUUCAACCCCGACAUAAACAAACACGACUGCGUUCUGUUCACGUCUAGCAGUUACGUGAUUUACUCCGCCACCAGUUCCUUCGUCCUGCCCGCCUGUCUGAUGGGCUUUAUGUACAUUCGUAUAUUCAUGGUGCUGCACUCUCAGUCCAAAACGAUGAAGAAAAAAGUGAGUACAUGUGACGACGACUCACCGAUAAGUGCUCGUAACGGUACGCUAGGUGGCCGCGGCCGAUACAAACACGUGCGAGAUACUGUGAGGAGAGACUUUACUACCACCACGUUGCUUUCUGUCUUCUCGGGCGAGCGUGCGUCUUUUGGGGGGUACGAGGAGGUGUGGGAAGGAGGAGGAAGGAUAGGAGACGAAGAAGAAGGAUCGAAAAAGGGAGAGAAAUCUCCAGACAAGGGAGGGUACGAAAAAGUAUGUGAAAAUAGAAGGAGAGGGGAAGGAGGGAGGGGAGGAGCAGGAGAAGAAAUAGGUCUAAAGUCUCCAGAACAGGCAAUGCUGGAAGACGAAACAGAGCAAAGACUAAUACCUAAUAACGACGUGUCCUACAUUGACAGUGCCACAGAGCCGGACUGCCACGAUGUGACUAUCGUGGUACCGCUGUUGGACCGCAACGGUCAGCCGCCCUCCUGCCUAGCAGUGCCCAGUGUCCCCCACACGACAACGCGCAGAAGCAACAGCCUCGCUGGGCCGGGCGACGGCGUGUCCGGGCGGAUGAUCAACAACUCUUCCUCCAACUUCCUCUCCGUGGAGAUGGACAGAAGAAAUAGCCACCACGUGACCAUGCAGCGCAGCGCCUCAGAAAUGGGGAUGGUCAGCCCGGGGAGAAUGGACCUCCUCCUAGCCCCACUAGCCAACCGUAGCAAAAGCGCUAACGUUCUGUCCGUCCCUGAUAGAGACCGCGACAUCCUUGGAGCAGGGGGAGUUGGAGGAAGGGGCGGGGUUAUCCCUCGACGAUCUCUUCCCUGCAACAUCUCCAAGCUCCGACGACGCAAGGGCAUGACCACCAGCAUGAAACGACGCUUCCAGCUGAGAGAACAGCGCGCCACCAAGCGAAUGUUGCUGAUCAUGGCCUGCUUCUGCGUGUGCUGGAUGCCCUUCCUGGUCAUGUACGUCACACGCAGCAUCUGUGUCACGUGCCACCUGGACCAGCACCUGGUGGCCGCCAUCAUCUGGCUAGGCUACGUCAACUCCAGUCUCAAUCCCGUCCUCUAUACGCUUUUCAACGACGACUUCAAGGGUGCGUUUAAGGACCUCAUCGGCUACGGCAUGACCCAGCCGCGGAGACGGACUUUAAGGUAACAAACAACACCAGAACACACAGCAACGCUUUAUUAUCAUGUGCAACGUCACAUUUCGUAUAACCAAAGACGAUUACCGCAUCGGCUACACACUAUGGAAGGUAACAACAUCAGCAAUGUUUUAUUAUCACGUGAAACGUCAUAUCCUCGUACAAACAAACACAGUCUAUCAUCGGCUACACCAUGGCUCAACGACAUACGUGGGCAACAAGGUCACUGUACACAAACACCAACAUUGUGACGCUUUGGGCUCUACUCACUGUGACUCCCCCCCCCCCCCUUCAUCCGCAACCCCAGCCUGAAAGACCUGCACACCUGAACUCGUAAGCGUCAACUGUUAGAAAUAUAUACCUUUGUAAGCUGAGGCGAGCGUUAGGUGGACAGAUGGGUGAAGAAAGUCAAGCUUAUGUGUGUGUUUGUCAGAUUGAACCGUAUAUAUUGUAACACUCCAUACAGUCAACAUAUACGGUUAUGAAACAGUUUAAUGGAAUAUGUUAAAUAACGCCAUGUGACUGAAUGUGUCUGGUGUCCCAGAAGCAAACGGAAGAGCAUUGUCACAUUUCCCCCCCUCCAAUAGAGGGCCAAUAAAAUAUUUUUUAACA